AUGGCAAAAAAGAAAACGAUAGAAGCUUUUGAUAAACUCUUAAAAGAUCUCAUGAGUACAAGUAUACUCUUUGGUGGGAAAGUAGUAGUUUUUGGGGGUGAUUUUAGACAAACACUUCCAGUUGUUCGUAGUGGAAAAAAGGAAGACUUUAUCGGCGAAAGUUUAUUAUACUCUCAUAUUUGGAAUCAUUUGGAAAAAUUAUGUUUAUCUGAAAACAUGCGUGCAAAAAAAGAUCCAGCAUUUUCUGAAUAUUUAAUGAGAAUUGGAAAUGGACAAGAAAAAACUAAUAACUGCAACAGAAUUGAAAUUCCACAAAAUUUUAUCAUUCCUUUUACUAAUGAAAUAGAAUCUUUGAAUCUUUUAUUUAAUGUUACUUAUCCUGAUUUACACACAUUCUUUUCUAACCGGUCUUCUAUAACUUCCCGCAUUAUUUUGACUACGAAAAAUGACUUUAUUGAUGAAAUAAAUGACAUGCUUAUUCAUCGAUUUCCUAAUGAUGCUAAAGUGUAUACAGCUAUUGAUGAAACUAUAGAACCAAAUGAUCAAUGUCAAUUUGAAGAUUUUUCGCAUACCUUACAUCUUGCUAACUUACCACCUUACAGAUUAACUUUGAAAAAAAAUUGUCCAGUUAUAUUAUUGAGUGCAACUAUUGCCAGUGGUGAUUCAAAAAUAAACAUGUAA